AAUGUUAGAUUACUUUCAUUUCCCUAUUCUACUGCAAUGAAUUCGACUACCCUUUCUUUCUUUCACUCUUUCUGUGUUUGAUUAGAAUCUGCUUUUAUUCACAGCUAAGAAGGCAAAAUGAUUACCAACUUCAAUGGGUUUGGCGUUGGCCUUGGUUUUGGCGUUGGAUGCGGCUUCGGAGUUGGAUGGGGGUUUGGGGGUAUGCCUUUGAAUAUUUUAGGUCUCGGUGCAGGUGGUGGCUGUGGGGUUGGCUUUGGCCUUGGAUGGGGCUUUGGUUCUGCCUUUGGUAGCCAGUACAGAUCAUCUAGGGUCACAUUCCAAGGCUUAGAAUUAGGCAAAGAGAACCGGAGGCAGGAUGGUGAAAUAAAAGAACUGCCGAAAAACACCAAGGACAGUCGUUUGUCACAGUAGUUUUAUUUUCCAGUUUGCAGUUGAAUUCAGACCU